UAAUAUUCAUUUGCACAAUGAUAGUAUUUUCUGUAAUUCCCUUUCUGCUAGUAAUUGCGUGUUCAGCGAACGACUUUGCACGGACCAACUGUGGCGAUUUGAAAAUGGUGAAAGAACUAUUCAGUGAGAGUGCGUUUGCACGGGCGAUCCGUAAGACAUACAAGAGCAGGGUAGCUACUAGACUGGAGUGUGCUCCACUGUGCUAUGCAGACGAUCGAUGUAACGGGAUGUUGGUGUGUCCGGGCAUCUGUCACCUGUUUGGAGUGUUCAAUAUCACCAACACAGCUGCCAAAGGAUCAGAAUAUAAUAUGUGUGACGUGUUCGUAAUGAAUCGAUGUGAGAACAACGGAUUUCCAGAUGAGAACGGAUAUUGCAGCUGUACUGGAGGUUAUGGAGGACCGUUCUGUGAAAUCACCGUGCAGGAUUCGUGCUUCAAACAAUGGCAGGCAUUCUACAACAGUGAAACUGAUGAAAGUAUUAAAGAGUUUAAACUGGAUAAACGUGAAAUCUUCGGUGUAAAAAUAAAGUACAUAACAGAUGACAAGAAGAUCAACACGGUGAAUACAUUUGGUCAAAACACAUGGAGUCAGUCCGUGCAUGAACUUAAUAAGUCAUCCUGGAACUCAUUUGAUGCCAAUCCUAGAAGAAUAUUUAGAGACACCCUGAACUGGAAAUACCAAUCUGUGAUGGCCAUUGACAUAGCCGGGUCGCUAACAUCGACGUCUUCGUCUACAAUCAAAGCUACGUGGUACUCCAAAGACUUCUCAGCGGGGAGUCAAUGUUUUGAAAGUGACGACACUGGGGUUUUUCGUAUUAGUGAUAGUAGAUUGCUGGUUUCAAAACUUAGAGGUGGAUCCACCAUCAUGUCUUUCAGUUCACUGUUUAUACGACCAGAUGGACAGGCGAUUGCUGCUGAGCUCAUCGGUGAGUUAGGUCAGACAAAGAUGACACCAUAUAUAAAGCAGAAAACUCCACCAUAUUGGUAUUUGUUGAGAUUUCCUACCAAUGGUUCUCUGCUCGUUCUUCGUUGGAACGUAGGAGAAGGAACUUAUAAGUCAGUGAGCAAACAUGCUGGACACUCAUUGACUUGGUGUACUGAUGAUUGCUGGCUUAAGAUAUUCAGUGUAAAUACGUUUGGUAAAACAUUCCAUGGUUCUGUAACUGUUUUAGCUCGAGCUCUACUCAGUGGUCACCGGCUGAGAGUCUACACAGGAGACGUCGCUUCAAGCACUAAAGCCGUCUACAUUCAUGGUCAGACCAUCUCAGCAUGUUCAGAUGACAGGAUGGAACCGAUUGGCGUCACUGGCUUUGAUCCAUCUGGAACGACUCAGAGGCAGAUUGUAUCGUCAAAUGGCCAGAUCCAGACUCGCAGAUACACUUUUGAUACGGACUCGGUACUAGAAGAGUUGGAUGAACAGCAGAACAUAGACUGGUUUGUGGACACACGUGAAUGGAUCCAGGUUCUCUCUAUGACAGGCGAUGGACAGAAUUUGAGUGGAUCAGUUGCAGACCUGCGUGAGAAGGUUCUUAUGGGUGCCUCAGUCCGUAUUGUUGUGGAGUUCACAGACGGAAUGUGUCAAAUAGUGGAUGCUGAUCAAAUGGAAGUGUCGUCUUCUGGUCACGUGGCUGCUGAAAUCAUCUACCACGCCAACACCGAAUUUGGAGAGAAUUACAACAUCACCUUUACAGCUGCAUCGUCUCACCAUCUUUGGUCAGCGAUCAUAACAACAGAGGGCGACUUCAAAAAGUAUCUGUACACGUACAAGAGAGAUAGCGGCCAUCAUGAAUCUGUGUCAUCUAGUGUCGACAGAUACACCUGGUUUGUUCAGAUGUGACUGUGUCAUCUAGUAUCUGGUUUGUUCAGGUGUGACUGUGUCAUCUAGUGUCAACAGAUAACCCUGGUUUGUUCAGGUGUGACUGUGUCAUCUAGUAUCUGGUUUGUUCAGGUGUGACUGUCAUCUAAGGUCGACAGAUACACCUGGUUUGUUCAGAUGUGACUGUGUCAUCUAGUGUCGACAGGUACACCUGGUUUGUUCAUGUGUGACUGUGUCAUCUAGUGUCGACAGGGACACCUGGUUUGUUCAUGUGUGACUGCGUCAUCUAGUGUCGACAGGUACACCUGGUUUGUUCAUGUGUGACUUUGUCAUCUAGUGUCGACAGAUACAUCUGAUUUUUUCAGGUUUGAUUAUUUCAUACAGUUCAAUAUGUAUAUAUUUUAAAAUCAACAAACCAAUCGAAGAUGUCAAUAAACAGUGUAAUUAAACAUUUAAUUCUAAAAUAAAGUUAAAGUG